AUGCCUAAAGUUGUUUCUCCAGUCUUGUCUGAAAAUAUAGCAGUUUUAAUCUUAGCCCGUGGAGGUUCUAAGGGUAUUCGGUUGAAGAAUAUACAAAAUAUCGGUGGCAUUAGUUUGCUCGGUCGAACUAUACUUACAGCAAAGUUGGCUGGUAUACAAGAUAUAACUGUAUCCACGGAUCAUCCUUUGAUAGCAUUGGAAGGUUUGAAGUAUAAUGUAAGCGUUUUGAAGAGAAGCUAUGUCACAUCAACUGACUGGGCACCAUCGAUUUGGGGAGUAUCUGAAUUUAUGGAAACUAGACCAGAAAUUAACAUCGUGAUACUCCUUCAGGCUACUUCACCAUUUGUCAACUCCAAGCAUAUUAGCUCCUCACUAGCGAAACUCAAUUUUCCAGUUUCUUAUGACUGUAUCUUUGCAGUUACCAGAAGUUAUAAGCUUCGAUGGACCUAUAUAGAAUCGGAAACUAAACCAGUGAAUUUUGACUACAAAAAUCGACCUCGUAGACAGGAUUGGAAUGGUGAAUUUAUAGAAACAGGAGCUUUUUAUAUUACGAGACGAGAACUUAUAAUUAAAGGAUAUUUGCAAAAUAAUAAGUAAG